AGUAAAAUACAGAGUAAAGUAUAAUGUGAAACGUUCCGUUUCCAGGUGAAUAUUUGUAUUAGGUUUUUCGGAGCUGAAGUGUCCAUGGAAACUGUGAGCUUCGAUCUUCAUCUCUGAGAGGAAAAGCAGAAUCAAAUCCAAAAAUACACAAAAACAUAAAAAGAGUAUUUUCUCAAAUUCAUAACCAUGACUGAUCACUUGCAGGAGCAGGAGAUGGAAAUUGAGGCCCUGGAAGCAAUACUUAUGGAUGAAUUCAAAGAAAUUCAUUCUGGUGAAAGUGGGCUAAACACUUCGAAUAGGUGCUUCCAAAUAACAUUAUCUCCUCAGGAUGAUGAUACAGAUCAAUCAACCACCCUACCAGUUCUGCUGGCUUUGAUUUUCUCGCAUACUGAAAAAUAUCCAGAUGAGCCUCCACUUCUGAAUGUAAAAAGUAUACGAGGAAUACAAGUUAGUGACCUGAAAGUUUUGAAAGAAAAACUUGAACAAGAGGCAUCUGAAAAUCUUGGAAUGGCUAUGAUUUACACUUUGGUUACAUCAGCCAAGGACUGGCUAUCUGAAAGAUAUGGUCAAGAUGCUGAUGCUGACAAUGUUGAAGAAGAAGAAUCAACAAAAGAUGAGGUGAUUAUUCCACAUGGAGAACCUGUUACUGUUGAUACAUUUUUAGCGUGGAGAGAAAGGUUUGAGGCAGAGUUGGCACUAGAGCGAGCCAAGCUAAUGCCCGAAUCUGCUCUUACGGCACCUAAAGAAAAGAAGCUCUCAGGCAGGCAGUGGUUUGAAAGUGGAAGAGCUACUGCGAAAGGUGCAGCUCGUGUUAAUGAAGAAUCAGAUGAGGAAGACGAGGAAGAUAUUGAUUUUGAUGAUGAUGAUUUCGAAGAUGAUGAAGAAGAUAUGCUUGAGCACUAUCUUGCUGAGAAGUCCGAUUUGUCCACGCACUCUUAAAAUAGAUGCCUAAAAGAACGUCUUGUGGUCUGAGAAUUAAAUAUCUAUUAUCAUCCAUGCACUCUGAACGUCUUGCGGUUUGAGAAUUAAAGAUCUUUUAUCAACUCCUAUUGAUAAGUGGGAACUGUAGUUUCAUUAGAAGCAUCCUCUCAUUUUAAUUUUGAAGUAUAGUAGCCAGGGAGGCGUUGAUUGAAGGAAAGAAAUUUAUGUUGUACCAUUAUAUUUCUGUUUAAAGCAGCACUUCCAAUGUAAAAAGUCACCAAUUUUGCAUAUUACAGCUUGAGCUAAAAUCAAAUUAUGAUAGAGCUCGAGCUUGAGCGUUGAAUCCUGAA